AUGCUCCUCCAAUUCCGACCCUCCCAGAUCGGCAGUAGUGAGAAUCACCCACUUCGCUAUACUACUUCUCUAAUGAACCUGCUGUGGGACGAUUUCCUUCUCGGCUUUCGCUGCUUUAGGUAUGCCCCUAGGAUUCUCCUCCCGCUGAGACUAUCGCGGCUAAGCAGCCGAAACGAGCUUAGGGGUACCCGCGAGAACCUUAUCAUACUAUACUUGAUCGAGCGCGACUUUACCUAUCUAGUAGAAGAUGGUGAGCUAGUUAUUGACUGGCUUCUCGAUGAAGUACCGCAUAAUCUUCUUAAUCAACUAGAAGUGUACACAUUUACUAGUGCAGCAAACCACUUCAAUAACCUAUACACUCGGGCGUCCGCGCUUAGGUCAGCUAACUCUAGAGGAGAGUUAGCCCUAAGGAGCAAGGUGAUACGGUAUAUCGAACACUAUACGAAUAGUCGCGACUUC